UUAACUGAACUGCCUUCAGAAAUGGAGUAAACUAGCAAAAGUGGGAUAAUACAAGCUUCCCAGGAAAGCACUGAAGAUGGAGUAUAAAAGGUGGAUGUUUUCAUUUCUAUUAAUGUUUGCUGCAAUAAGGAAGCUUCUUGCUGAAGACAAAGCUUGUGACUUCCCUAAUAUAGAAAAUGGAAGGAUUGCACUAUAUUAUUACAGUUUUAAAAAUUAUUAUUUCCCAAUGAAGAAAGGUGAAAAGCUCUCCUAUACCUGCUUGGCUGGGUAUUCAACUGAAACGGGAAGUCAGAAUGGACGGGUGAACUGCACUAAUGAAGGCUGGAUACCAGUCCCCAAAUGUCAUAAGAAAUGCGUCCAACCUACUUUGGAUAAUGGUAUUUUUUCUGAUACAAAAUUGUCUUACAACAUCUGGGAAAACUUAAGAUAUAGCUGCCAUUCAGGCUACCAGACUGCAGAAGGCGAGGUGGAUGCAAAUAUACAGUGUCUUCAAGAUGGAUGGUCGGUUCAGCCACUGUGUAUGGGAGCCAUUAAAGAACCUUUAGGGACUUGCUUAGCUCCAGAUCUGCUACAUGGUCAUUAUCAUACAGUGCAGAGAGUGUUCAAUGUGAAUGACAAGCUCAAAUAUGAAUGCAGGGAUGGCUACGUCACAGCUGGCGGAGACGCCAUAGAAGAAGUGCUAUGCCAGAUUCAAGGCUGGUCUCUUGUCCCCAAAUGUACCAAAUUAGCGUGUUCUUCUCCAAAUCCUGUUGAACAUGGAAAAGUCCAUCCCAAGCAAAGUAGUUAUGAAGAAGGAGACGUAAUUCAGAUUAUCUGUUUGGAAGGUUAUACUUUAAGAGGACCCGAGUUAAUUCAGUGUUACUACUUUGGCUGGUAUCCAGAAUUUCCAAUAUGUGAAGAAAGAAGAAACAAAUGCCCGCCCCCACCUCAGCCCCCUAAUACCAGGUUGCUGACCAAUUUAAGAACCUAUCGCCAGGGUGACAUAAUACAUUAUCAGUGUGAGCGUUCCUUCCAGCUUAAUGGAACUGGAGAAAUCCGAUGUGAGAAUGGGAAAUGGACUUCACCUCCCAAAUGCAUAGUUGUGGGCAGGGUGUUGACCACAGAAGACUAUUGGGCUGUAGAAACCGGUGAGAACUGCAACCCCCCUCCGGUAGUUAAAAACAGUAUUACUGUUAAUGAUAUUGGUCAGUUGGCAAGUUACAACCCUGGCUCUUCAGUGGAAUACGGAUGCCGUCCUUUACAUGUAAUGAAAGGAUCCAAUACAGUUCAUUGCAUCCAUGGAGCUUGGACUGAGCCACCAACUUGUUUAGCGCCAUGUUUAGCAAGGGAAGAAAUUUCUGGCAAUUACAACCUAGAAAUGAAAUGGAAGCUUGAAGAAGAAUUAUAUUUCAUGCAUGGUGAUACUAUUGAAUUCGUAUGUAAACCAGGAUAUAUUUUGCCACCCUUAGUCUCAGAAUUAGAAUUGCUGGUGCAAUGUAAUGAUGGACAAUUGAAAUACCCUGGGUGUAUUUCCAAAGGCUUACGUGCUAACUGUGGUCCUCCACCUUCAAUAGAAAAUGGGGCCGUUAUGGGCUCAUUAACAGAAAAUUAUGAAGACGGUUCAACAAUACAGUACAAUUGCAAUGAAUAUCAUGUUUUGCAAGGUUCCAUAACGGUCUUUUGUUCCAGGAGCCAAUGGACUACUCCACCUGUUUGUAUAGAGCCAUGCACCUUAUCACAGGAAGAGAUGGCAAAAAACAAUUUGCUUUUGAGAUGGAGUUUUGACAAUCGACCUUAUUUUCUUCAUGGGGAAUUUGUGGAAUUUGUAUGCAAAGCAUACCACACUAAGCGUCUAUCAAAUUUACCCUCUGAUUUUAGAGUACAGUGUCAGAAUGGACAACUCUUGUAUCCACAAUGCAUUAGGAAUAAAUGGUAAGCAAAACAUGACCUGCAACAUAUUUUCCUACCUAUAUAGUCUUAUGUUUUCCUUAUUCAAACGUAUUUUAAGGAUUUGGGUAUAUUGGCUAACAAAAUGGUAUUGAGACAGUGUAUAUUAAAUAUAUUUAUCCAAAGUGUUCAAACAUUUAUUUAUUGCUAUCUCAAAAAUAUCAAUUUUAAGAACUUCCUGUUUGGUUUCUUUCAUUCUGCCAUAAUUAGAAAAAAUGGAAGAUUUUUAUUUUGUAAUUUAUCAAAGCUCCGUUGAACCUGAAUUAUUGGCAAUAUUAAAAACCGAUAGGUUCUACUCUAUUAAAUUAAAUAUCUCUUAAUUUAAUAGAGUAGCUUGAUGUAGAAGACUUAUCUUGUAAUUGUAUAAAGCACCUUGUAAAAUAGAGAAAGGGAAAGUAUUCUAGUAUGGGUACAUGAAACGAGAUUAAGGCAUCG